AUGGCUGUGUGUGGUCUGCUUAUUCAUCAUUCGGUUAUUGAUAUACCUGAAUAUUUGGUUUUACGGCAAAUUUAUAUUGCAGAACUUACUCUGUGUUUUAUUGCAGCUCCUUUAAUUUAUUACACAACAUUAUAUAAAAUAAAAAAUGACCAACCAGUCGAAGAAGAAGGAGAACAACGUCCAGAUAAAAUUGAAGUUUUACCUUUUUGUCAAUCAGGAGAUAUAACAGGACAAGAAAUAAGAGUAACACGACAAGUAAUAAAACUUCGGCGAUAUAUACUCAGUUGCAUCGUCAAAUAUAUUGAUUUUGCAACGAAUGGAAAUUUAAAGAAAUAUACAGAUCUUCAAAGUGAAGUUAAUGAACGAAUUUGUAAACAACAAGUUUUAGCGAAAAUUAGUACACAUGAUUUAUCAUUUAUAUCAGGAAAUUUGGUUUACGAUGCUCGUCAACCUGAAGAAAUAGGUCUUGUUCCACUUGGUGAAGGUCCAAAAAUAGUUCCAGCUCGAAAUUUUUAUAAUGAUUUAUGUGAGAAAGCUGAACGUGAAAGAAGAUCAAAUAGAAAAAAUAAAUCUUCAAAUAGACAUUUAACAUUAACAUUAAUACCAGAUCAACAAAAGUUUCCUUAUUUAUGUGAUCAAAAUCAUCGUGUUAUAUCACUUCAAUCAUUAACUGAUGGUGAACCAUAUAAAUUAACUCCAUCAACCGAAUCUAUUUUAAUUCAAGCAACGUCUGAAUAUUCUAUUGAAUAUUGUCGUUGUGCGAUUGAUUUUCUUAUACAAAAAAUGCUUCAAAUUGGAUUAGGAAAGAAAUUACACGAUUCAAAAUUUCGACAUACAUUAACCUUACAAAGAACAAAAGUUGUUAAUGAAAAAGGAGAAUUAAUAACAAUGUUUCCAUCUCGUAUUGAUCUAGAUUGGUGUGAAACAUGUCGAGAAAUUCUUGUUAUUGAAAGAUUAAUAUCGAAAAAAUAA